CUGUAGCGGACGAGGCAGUCCGACGCGGGCCGUCGUUGCGAGCGGAUAUGUCGUGGCGAGUCCCACUUCCGCUUAUCGGGAACGCGAUCCGAGCUACCUCGAGGAUCUCCGCGCGAAUCGAUUCGUGAUCUACUACCACGUGUUUCUCUCUAAACUCUGUUCGAACAAUUUUAAUCUCUUACACUCGAUUCAAAUUAUUGGUGCUCGUUUAUUUUAUUUAUCGAUGUACGAUCGAACCGCGUUGGAACCGGAAGUGGAGUAUCGAAGUGUGUUCAGGUGAAAUGUUUAGUGAUGAUGCGGGAUUUUGUUGAGAGGGUUACUCGAAGUUGACGUUGGAGAGUGAUAACAAGAAAUAAAUUCUAAUUUCAAUUUUGGGAAACUGUUAAAACAUCGGAGGAUAUAAACUAAACUUCUGUUGUACUCUUACGUUCUCUUGAAAGCAUUCAAAUAAAAUAGCUUGCAAAAGUAUACUUGUCCAUAAGAAAUUUUGUAUCGCAACUUUCAUAUUUUUCCCACCAAAAAAUUCGUAAGAAAUGUAAGACUAUGUGGGUCACGAUUGACCCAGUGGCGUUGAAACGCGACACCCUGUAUUAGUUACAGGAUAACUCUCCCUCGCAAGAUAAGGCGAGCGUUUUCGAGCAGACUAUUAAUGGACGUGGUCCCAUUAAGCGUAAUAAUGCGCGUCAACGACAAUAAAGCAAUCGGGAGCGGGAAGCGUUGAAAAGCUCGAUGGCAAAGAAACAAAAAGACAAAAAAAAGAUGGACGAAACGUGCAUGAAAGUGCAGGACGGAUCAAAGGGAGGAUCAUAGAGAGAGGGUCUGUCGCGACUCGCGAGGAAGCGCUGGUUGUUCACGAAAGAGGACUCUAGGGAACUCGCGAUUUUCUUUUGACGCUUGGAAGCUAUUUUGUUGAAAGUGUAUGGUGGAAAGUUGAGUGACUGAUUCGAUUUGUACGGGGAGAUUGGAAUGAAUCGAGCGAGAAAAUUCGACGGGGAAAGUUGGGGGCGCAAAUGGAUUUUUUUAGGAAUUUACUUUUUUCAUAAUUUAUCGUCUACGUAAUUUAUAGUCUAAAUAACAUUAAUAUUUAAAUUUUAACUAAUUUUUCUCAAUUAUCAUUAAUGUUACAAAUUGAAAGUUGUAUCAGGAGUAAUUUUGAUUGGCCACAUUACCUCCAGACGUUGUCUUCGAGAACCCUAAAGAUACUCAACCCUAAAACUUAAAAACAUACCUGUUUAAAAAUUACCCAAGGACCAGAAAUUAACUACCAGAGGAACUUUUAUUAAUCGAACAGAGAAUCAUCAGUCAUCUUAUCACUAACUGUUCCCGAAUAAGGAAGAGUGAAAAUCGGUGUCGUGUACUUAAAUGACCCCUUGAUGGCGAGAAGUGUCGGUCGAGUGUCUCCCGGUGGAUCCGCGGAACGGGGCUAAUUAGAGGUGCAAUUUCGACUUUUCGCGGAGUUGACAAGAAUUACGAGGGACUUCGGUUGUGUUGCAGUUUGCGGUUCCUGGUCGCACGAAAAAAUCAAAUGCCGAGAACUUUGCUCGAUCGCCGUUGGAUUAUCCGCCCCUGUCGUCCCACGGAUCCGCUUUUAAUGAAAGCUUUUCUCGGCAGCAAUUUGGUUGAAACGUGGCAGCCGGUGGAAAUAGUCCCAGAAGACUCUCGAGUGUCGUGGAAAUAAUGCGAGCGAAGCGGAUCGAGGAGACCCGCUUCAGACUGUUGAGGUACACGCAUCGCGCCAAGUGUCGAAAGAUCAUUUAGUCGUGCCAGGAUAAACCGUGGCUGUGAAACGUCGUAAUCGAGCGCCGAAAACGUGGAAGGUGAUUGUAAAGUUCGGUAUCGAUCCCCAGGGAGCGUCCAAUGGGAGUCGUCGGGAAGUUGGCAUCGAGAGACCUCGAUACAAACAUUUUGACUCGAACAAACUCUCUCGCCGCUUUACAAUUUCGCCGACAAUUUGAUUUGUAAACAAAAUAGAAAGGAAUUCGAGAUUCAGGGGGUGUCGGGGAAAGAAGAUUGUCGAGAGCUCUUCAGUCAGCGUUCCAAGAAUAAAGUCCCCUGCAAAGUUGCGCGACAACUCGAACAAUCGAAGAUUGAAGUAAAGAGGGUGAAACUUUGUUGUCUGUUGAAGUUCACUGGUUACUUCAAGGUUAAGACAAAGGAGACUCGAAGAAUCCUUUAAGAAUGCUGGAAAUUGAAGUUAAACGUUAGGAACAAUCAUAUUUCGAGCUUAUCAGAAGCUUUCUUCGUAUUAAAUCUAGUAACCAAGGGAAGAUUUACCGAUAUAAAUUUAGAACGGUUGACAUUCUUCGAGAGAUCGAGUCAUAAGACUUGAGAGAUUUUUCCUCUACUCUCAUAAAUUAAACGACUCGGAGGAUAGAAUCAAUUAUAACGAUUUAAGAAAUAGACUAUCGAGGGAAAGACUGAGGGAUAUCGAAGAUCUGAGAGGUCGAUGGGGGUCGAAAGGGGGUGAGAUGGGUCUCGAACUCGCCGCGUCAGCGUGUCAGGACGAUUUCCUCGAUGCAGUGAAAUCGUGAUACGGAAAUGGGAACGUUGGUGGACGAUACGAGAUGAACGAGGCUGGACAGGGGAUGAACCGGAAACGGACGUCUAAAGGGAUAAAAGAGGAAGAAUCGAGGGGCUGACGGUUGGAAAUAGACCGGGCGGAAUCCUGUCGACGCGAGGACAAGUCGAUUUGGGACGGGAACUCGAAUUAGAAGAAAGGGUCGACCGGAAGAGCCGGUGAAAUAAUUGGGGUGUGCUCGAAAAGUUGGGACGCGGUUUAAAUAGAAUUUCAAUUCGAGGGUGAAGUUGAUACUCUUUCUCGCGUAAUACGGAGUCGUGAAUAAUUAGCCUCGAUCAAAGCUUGUGCUGAUCGAUUCGGUGAAGAAAGAAGUGUAAAGUCUGAACUCUGCGGUUGCGAAAUGUGCGUUCCGUGUUUGAGACAGGUUUAUCCUAGGAUCUUUCCAGUUCCAGAAUUCUAGUAAAAAGCUCGCUAAUUAAAUUGAUCGAUCAUGAGGGUGGCAGCAGCUUUAUCAGUUUAACGAGUUUCACAAGGAACUUCUCGGGAGACUCGCAAGAAAAUCGGUGCACAAAAGCGGACGGACGGUGCAUCCUAAAAAGUGGACAAAGUAGACUCAAAGACUUCGAUCGUAUUGGUACAUGAUCGAGUGGUUCAAUAAAUGAAACUACGAAGAAAAGACAACUGUAACGUUUCUUGUUACAAAGCGAUAUAACGUAGAUCUCAAGGAAAGUUCACCUGUUGGGAGUUAAAAUGAAAUUGUCCUAUGUAAUCGAAUGACAGAUUCAACGAUUCAGGAUCAAGAUAAUUAUAAAUGAAACACUAUGAGAUUGUAACUGAACUUAGAUAAAAACGACUUGGUUACCUGUGAGUCAAAGUGAAAUUUUAGUGAAGACCAUUUGACAUUCUCGACUUGAAAAAAAUUUGUAGACCAGCCAAAAUAAAAAUCAACUAAAUCCACUCAAAGUUAAUAGCAAGAUACUUGGACAAAGAAAGCACACGAUCGAAGAUGAACCGAGUUUUCAAAUUAAAAACAGCCUGACCACUGAAAAUUAGAAUAAAAUUAGAACUAUUACAAAAACGAACUUAAAGACAGUGAAUAAUUGAACCCUGAAAGGCUCAGAUCUGCCAAGAAUUACCAGCAAGAUUAACCUGAAGAAUUCUGUAAAGAUGAACAGUUAAAUCCCCGAAUAAAUUAGUCAUCGAAAGUGCAGAGGGUGAAAUAAGCGCAUUCGGUGAGCGAAGGAUGACACGGUUGAAAAGUAUCCGAUGAUCACAGGUGGCUCGAUCGAAGAUGGCGACGGAGAUGAUUCCCUGUUCAAUCGUUCGAUCGCCUUUCAGGCCGUCGUUGAACCGGAAGUGCAUCGAGCUAGGUGAGGAUCGCAAGGACACGCGGCAGGAUCUUGCCAACUAAAAUGCGAGAACUGAACGCCACCGCAUGCGCUGCUUUGUACGAGCGCGUCGAGUGGUCCGGACCGGGUAUUCUGGUUACCUUGAUCAUCCUGGCGAUCGUGAACGUGAUGGUGGUGUUGGGCAACGUACUGGUGAUACUGGCCGUCCAUUACACCAGCAAACUGAAGAACGUCACGAAUAUGUUCAUAGUUAGUCUGGCGCUGGCCGAUUUGAUGGUCGGAGUUGCGGUGCUGCCGUUCAGUGCCAUGUGGGAAGUCUUCAAGGUCUGGAUAUUCGGUGAUCUAUGGUGCUCCAUAUGGCUGGCCGUGGACGUGUGGAUGUGCACAGCAUCGAUAUUGAAUUUAUGCGCCAUCAGCCUGGAUAGAUACUUGGCGGUGACCAGACCAGUCAGUUAUCCUCAGAUCAUGUCACCGAGAAGAGCCAGGCUGCUGGUCGCCACGGUGUGGAUCCUCAGCUUCGUCAUCUGCUUCCCACCCCUGGUCGGCUGGAAAGACAAACGGUCCCAGGCCACCUACAACGCGACGUUCGCUCAGAAUGGCCCGUUCAACACUACCACCAUUCUUGUUCCUGUCAAACCGUGUCCUUGGAUCUGCGAACUGACCAAUGACGCUGGUUACGUCGUUUACAGUGCCCUGGGGUCUUUCUACGUACCGAUGCUGGUCAUGCUGUUUUUCUACUGGAGGAUCUACAACGCGGCCGUUUCCACUACGAAGGCCAUUAAUCAGGGUUUCCGCACGACAAAGGGCUCGAAAGUGCUCGGCUCCAGAUUCGACGAACAAAGAUUGACUCUGAGGAUCCAUCGAGGUCGAGGAAGCGUUCACAACGGCAGCAACAACGGCAGCCCGAGGAGUCCCGAGUCGAAUAGCCGUAGCUCGAUGAAAAGAGAGAAAGUAAAAAUCUCGGUUUCGUAUCCCAGCACGGAGACACUGAAUACCAAGUGCAACACCCUCGAGAGAACACCCUCCAGAUGUUCGCAGACUUCGGUGCAUUACAGCAACGGGCAGACGCAUAGUCAAUUGUGUCCGACACCGAGGAGCACUCAUCUCAAGGUGAGCGAUAUCAAUAGGGUCGGCAGCACCAGGAGACCGAGCAGACGGAGCAGUUGCGAGAGUCAAAUGACUGGGGACGAUGUGUCUCUGCGCGAACUCGCCCCCGGCCCCGAGGAGAAACCCAGGGUCAUGAAAAUGGGCAAACGGAACAUUAAGGCUCAGGUGAAAAGAUUUCGCAUGGAAACAAAGGCAGCCAAAACGUUAGGUAUCAUCGUGGGAGGCUUCAUUCUCUGUUGGCUGCCGUUCUUCACGAUGUACCUAGUGCGCGCGUUUUGCCCUAACUGCAUCAACUCCACCGUCUUCAGCGUACUCUUCUGGUUAGGUUACUGUAACUCCGCGAUCAACCCGUGUAUCUACGCGUUGUUUAGCAAGGAUUUCCGGUUCGCGUUCAAGAGGAUCAUUUGCAAAUGCUUCUGCAAACGACGGGCUAACACUUUGAGGCGCGGGAGCGAUGGCAGCCAAUUAACCACGAGAAACGACCGGAGCCCCAGCUACUCGAUCCGCGUGCCGCAACAGGGUGUAUCGAUAGACGACUCCGACCCCGACCCGAACUCGGAGCCGACGGUGCACUCGCAAAGCGAAUCGAGAUGACUGUAGCGUGCCAGGUGUGGCGCACAGCGCGUCACCUUCGAUUCGGCCACCUCGAAAGUGAGGAUUCAGUCCUUCUGAACGCUGCUGCCGGAUCCUGGGACUCGUGCCGCGAAAUCGAGCACGUUCCCACCUUGGCCAACAUCGUCCACGUGCCCCGUCAGAGGAGCCGAACCGCUUCGCACGUGUUUAUUCGAGCUUCUUCGGUGUCUUACCUUCGUUACCAGUGUAUCGCUUUCGCGAGAACUGUACUUCCUACAGCCACGAACUGCGAGGACGGUUCGAACGUGAAUUUACCUGUGUUUUGUUUUAUGAACGUCCACCAUGCUAUAUCAUGGACAUAAUCGACUGAGUACAGACUUUUAGAGAACGAAUUAUAGCGAGUCAUGAUGCUGGGCGAGCGCACAAUGUCGAGCACAAAAUCGUAAUGAAGAUCCAUUAAGUACUGGGGCUGGUGGUAACGUGACGAUACUCAUUUUUUCGUGUUCGUUUAUGAUCGGGUUGGGUUGUUGCUCAAUUGUUAAUUCAUCCUCAUGUGGUUUUGUUUAUGUUCAGUUCUCAGGAGGAUUUAAUUGUAGAGGUUCUAUAUUGUCUAAGUUCUCCUUGGGGUCUUAAAGUUUAAGGUUUCCUAUGUGCUAAACAUUUUGUCUAUAGGUUUUAGGUUCCUAUAGAACUCCCUCUCUUUAAGUUCCCUUAGGUCCAAUUUUCUUUAAGUGCUAGACUUCCCUAGUAGGCAGUAAGCACCCUUUGUACUCUAAUUACCUUUGUCUUCUCUAGCUCUAAAAUUUUCUUAAGUCCUAAAUUCUCCAUGGACUCCCAUACCCUUAUGCCUUUCCUAGGUUCUACACUCCCUAUCCCUUAAACUCCCGUUAGAUUAUAAGCGCCAGUUCUAAGCUCACACUAGUCCUCUCUAGUCUCCCCAAUUUUUCCCAGAAUUACGCUCCUAGCCAAAAUAAGCCUUCUUUGAGAAAGUUUACGCGAAACUUGGGUCAAGAGCGAAGGUAACCCGAUUGUAAGUGGAUAUGCUGCAACUACUUAAAUAUAACAGUGUCGAAACGUUAACGCCAGCCACUGCAAUAUUAUACGUGUACGUAUCGAUAUAUAUGUGUACACAAGGCUAUGUUAAGCAGCUGGUUAUCAUCUACAAUAAGUAUUACACUGUUGACGCCGUUCUAUAACGAUGAUCCCUCUGGCCUCUUCUGGCGUUCGCCUGAUCAUUGUUUCCGUAGAUUUUUUACAAUUGUUCCUCGUUGGUUAUUUGUGAUAAUUACAUCGACGACGUGGCGUUCCCAUAGGCUGUUUCGAGGACAUCCUACGGGAACAACGUCGUAUGUAAGCGUUGUUAUAUCGAUGCUAAUUAACGAACAAAAUUUUGCCGGGAUUUUUCUACGAACGCGAACGACUCCGCGUGCAUCGUCGAAAAUGGAGGACAGAGGGACUGAAUGGAAAUCGAUUUCAUUGUAUUAUGUGAUAUAUCGUCUACGUACGUAACGGAACGAAUGGAAAUAAAUAUGCGAAUAAAUUCA